AUAAAAGCAAUUAUGGAAAAUUUUUAUUGUCUCGCAAAUAUAUAUGAAGCGGAGGAUUAAAAUUCCUUUGUACGCUCUAUUCUGGUUCUUGCAGCAAGAAGUGCAUCAGAGAAACGCAUUUGAAACGCGCAUUCCUUUCCAUAAUAUUUAUACGAUCGAAUGUUGAUGAAACGAAGCAACACUUUGCACGCAUCAUCAAUUAGAUUGCAUUUGCAUCUACCGAAGCAUCUACAAACAAAUCUGACAAGGAGCCAUUAUUAUCAUCAAACACAGAUCUCCAGAUUACUCUUCGAGUAAACUGAAGUAAACGAAAACAGCACUAGUAGCAAGAAGAAUAUGCAGUAAUAUCCAAUGGCGGAAGACAAUGCUCGAUCGACCGAGGAAUCCGGCGCUCUCGAAAUCGAGAGGAAGCUUGACAAGCCGAGCCGACCACGAGAUCAAAGAGGAGCUGCCAAGAUCAAGGACAAGCCCGAGGAUGCUCGACUUCCGACCCCGCCCCCGGAUCCGCAGUGUCUGCCGAUCGCGCGGGAUCGCACGUCUCGCGGUCCCGAGGAGGAAGAAGAGGAUCUCGCGACUUAUCUCAGCGAGCUCGGCGCGUCUCCGUUCGAGGGCCACUCGUUCGACUACGAUACCACGCCGAAUUCGACGACCUCGGCUAUGGGUGGCGAAGGGGUCCCCUACGCCGAGGAGGCAUUCGAGCACCUGGACCGCCUGUGCGCGCUGACGGAACAGAUCCUGGAGCUGCGCGAUCGCAGCUCCAAGUUCUUCCGGCGCGUGCGAGGUCUGGAGCGCGUCAAGGUGCAGAGAAACGCCGAUCGGCGACUGGAAGUUGCAUUGGCGAACGACGAGGAGGAGCUGCUCCGCGAUUUCACCGACGAAGACACCGGUUUCGCAGAGUCGCUGUUGGAUGCGAUGCUGUCGAAUUGUCGGGAUGCCGCGUUGACGCCGAAACGAGGCGAGCGUUUGAACGUGCGAUCGCCCUCGAGGCAACGAAGCCGAUCGCUGGCCGAGCAGAAUCUCGCCUCGAACCUGAUCGAACGGGUGGCCGAGACGGCGGAUAAACGAGAUAUAUUCGCGAGAAAUGCCGGUCGAAACGCGGGUCGAAACAGCGGCCCGAAAAUAAGCAAAUGGACCAGAGUGAAGGCGGCCUUCAAAUGGGAGCGAGCGUGCACCAAUGAUCUCGCGGAUAUCGCGGAAUCGAGCACGUCGGCAACAGCAUUGUCCACACCGACGACGAAGUAUCUGAGGAUCCCGGAUGCGAUCACUACCGGAAACUGGAGCACCGGACCGUCGCUCUCACCCUGUACCAGCGAAGUCUCCGGCCCGUCCACGCCGAUCGGUAGAGUAUCAUCUGCAUCGUCGUCCAACGAGGAGGUGUUUGAUGAUUCGCGCAAAAAUAUUAUAAACUCUCCGGACCGACAUUUGCCACUAGUGAAAGAUGAUAAAAAGAAGGAUGAUCCAGAUCGACCCGCUCGAUCAUUUGACCGCGACACUCCCAUAACAGAGAGUGUCUGUUCCAUAGAAUCUCCGAAUGAGGUAAAUCGCAAUAAACCGCUGAUUCGUAUUAUAUCGGAUGCGGAUGCAACGAUGCACGCUGUGAAUGGAAAAGAUCCGGAAAUAUCGUCGAAGAGACCGACGCCGACACUGACGAUCACGAUACCAUCGAACGAGGAGGAAAUCAGGAGCUUAUCCUCUCCGGAAUCGAUAUCUCCUCUUCCCUCGAGCACGCAAGAUUCCGGUGGAAGUUCACCGCAACAUCCCAAGAUGCGCCAGGAUGCAUCGAGUCCGAGGGAAUUUAAACGACAGCAUUCGACGAUCGAGGAAGCGGUAACGCAUGCGCCAAAGAUACAGCGACAAGAUUCGAAAUGGAACAAGGUCAGACGUGCUUUUCUGACAAAUGCCACCUUCAGCGUUCCACCGAGCCCAGUUAGAGUGGUUGCGGCGCAAUCAUUCACGAAUGACGAUACACGCCGAGCUCGCAGCUGUAGCGAAAGCGUCGAGGAUCUCGGUAAAACCAUUACAGGUAUCAGCAGCAACUACAACAACAACAACAACAAUAACCACUGUCGGGAACGAGAGACGCGCAAGGAUUAUCAAGCAUUGCGGGAGAAGUUCGGUGCCGAGUUCCACCGGAAGCUGGUCGAGUGGGAGCGCCUGAAAAGCGCACGAAACGCUCGUGAUGGUCUCCCGUUGAACGAGGAACGACUGGCGCCGGAGUUCCGGAAGAAGCUACAGGACUGGAAGCGGACGAAGAAGGGCCGACGAUCCGGUGCGGUCAUCGAGCAGCAACGUGUCAGUCGUCGACGGCUGACUGACUGGCAGCUCUGGCGUUCCUCCUCAUCGAAAGCCGAGCUCAGGUGUUACAAUAAAAAUCAGAAUUCAAUCGGUUCGCGCGGAAGCUGCGCGAGUAUCGGUAGCGCAGGGAGCUUUGGCAGUGAUGGAAAACAACAUCUCUGCGAGGACUUUAUUAAGCGGAUGGAAGCGUGGAGGAGGAUGAGCGAAGCCGCAUGUCGAAUCAACGAGAGACCGAAAUCGCCGAUGAAUCGCGUCACAUCCGAUGUCAUUGAUGAAACGGAGUUUCUCGCUUUAGAAAAGCUGCUGUUACUAUUUGGACAAAGGAUCGGCAAGGAACGUCGCGAGAGCGACGCGAGACAACUGAAUGAUUGCUUUGACGGCGAUUUAAGAUUCAUGGCUAUGUCUCGAGGCGUAAACUGUGGCAACGAAGUGUUAAUUCGUACAUCCGUCGGAUCUUAUCGUUUCGAAGGCAUAUCCCGAGAAUUCACAAGGAAAUUAUACGAUUGGGAGAAGCAUCGCGGAAUAUCACCCAGAUCCUCCACGUUUCGUCUGUUGGGACCAGGUUAUACGCCAUUCACGCAAGAUUUGAACGAAGCUACGUUGACAGAAUCAUCGAAUACGACGGGAAAGAAUCGUGCAUUCCACUGGACCCUAAAAAGAUCCAAGUCUGACGGCAGUGUCUUCGAAGGCAGUGUUCGCGACGAAUCGUUCGCAGUGCGUCGAUCCACGAGCCUCCAAUCUUUGAUCUCUACGGACAAGCUCGAAGAUGAUACUCGAAUGAACACUUUGCCAGUUUCUAAUAACUCGCAGGGAAUCAAGGAUCCCUCGGAAGACAUGACAGUGGAAGAUUCCGAACCGGAGGCGAUGAUUGUCGACAUCGAGGACGUUAUCGAGGAGACCGCCAGUCCUUUGACUGGAGUACAACCUCAUCAAACGCCAGUAUACUCUGUUGCGGCCAGUGAAACCACUAGUAUCGCCGUUCCUCUUGGUACAGUUACAUCCAGCCACGAGCCAUCACCGGUAUUUUUGGUCGAAGCCGAGGAUGAUAAGAAUUGCAAGCCAUGGAACAACAGAAAGUGGAUUAAUCCAGAAGCUCGCUCGAGCGAGAAUAGUCCGAGUCCGGAACGCUGUUCGCUAUCCGAGGAUUGUUCUCGCAAGAGAACGACACUUUUGGACGAAGAUAAACCGAACUGGGAGUCAUUGUGUGAGGAAGGCAACAAGGAGAUUCAAGGAUCCACAGGCUGUACCGAGGAAACAUGUUGUUCGAUCUUAGAUUCUGUAAAAUUCGAUCAAUCAGUUGGGUGGACUGAAGAUACUUGCGACGAGUCACGCGAUGAGGGGGCGAAUAAAGACUCGAUUACAUUCGAAUUUCCUCUUACUCCGAUUUACAAGAGCAAAAAUGACACCAAGAAACAAGAGCCUUCUUUUGAAAAUGACAACCUUGAAUCUGCAUACUUUGCGAAUAAUUUCGAAACUGUGUCACCGAUACGAAAUGAGGAAGAAUUAAUGGACUCGUCGCGUACGUGGACCAAGGAGAUGAACGAGACGAGAAAGAUUGAGGACCUUGCAAACGAGUCAUCGAAUAAGGGACAAACGAGCGACACAGAGGAUCUUCGAGAUGACAAACACACUCAAGAGGCUAAAAGAGAAAAAAUAAUUCUCAGCACAGAUUUUUGCACUUAUCAGUUGGCAACAACAAUAUCAUCUUCAGAUCGCCACGAUUCCAUGGAAGCUUUAUCGAAAUUGUCAAAUUCAAACUUAGAUAAUAACAAAGAUACGUCGAAAUCCUGCGAUCUUAAUAUUAAAAACGAUUUUAAAAACGAUAUUACUUCAGCGUAUUAUGAGAAUUGCAGUUCUCCCGAGCUGCAAAACGAUGUUGAUCGACAUUAUGAAAUUCUCACAUUUAAAACAGACACCUGCAGUGAUACGAUGAACAAUCACUUGUACGAACCGGUUGAUUGUCACGAACAAGUAUGCGGUUCCUCUUAUGAUAAUGGAAAUAAUUGUAUAAGAGAAAAUCUUUUGUCAUCAAAGUUGACAGCAAUGGAAAGAUCUAAUCUUUCGGAAACUCCGAAAAAUCUCUUGACCAAUACGAUUCAAACUGUACCGAUAACUGUCUCUAGAAAUAGCGAAGCACGCUGUUUAGAAAAAAUUCUGAUCAACGAGGAGACAUUGAACAAAAUAAUCGUUCCCACGGCGAGCACGGAGGACGGAAUAAAAAGUACAGAGAGAACCCGAAAUCGUUUCGCAAGCGUAGAUCGUCCGGAUGAAGUCGUCGGGAAUCGAUCGAGCGAUUGCAAUCUGUCUACGAGGAUCACGACUCGGAACAGUCAGAUUGAUUGUAACAAGAAGGACGGUUCUUCUUCCAAAAACGUUUUUAUCAAAACAAAACGCAUGAUAUUCGGUCCGUUUCGCCGCUCAGAGGACCGGGUAUCUUCAAGAAAGGAGAGCGAUGGCUCUAUCGAUGGUCGACUUCGACGUUCAUCCAAAUCUAAAAGCAAGUCGAGAUCGGCAUCGCCCAAACUAUGUCGACAGGACGCUUUAUUGCGCGUAUCGUUGUCCUUACCGUGGCCUCUACGCUCCACCUUGAAAGACAGCGAGACCCCUCUUGAAUCUAAAAAGAGCUUAGGAAGCAAAACGGAAGAUGUAAAAACAAUAGAGCAAAAAAAUCCGCCCUGCGAAAAGAAUAGUAUGAAUAAUAAAAAAUUCAAUGACCGACUAACUGAGGAAAAGUUGCUAUCAUCAAUUGAUGUAAAUCGGGAAAAGAUUCAUCACUCGGACGCAAAGUUUGUGACCGCGCCGAUAAAUAUAUGUUCAUUCGGGGCGACUUCUACACGACUUUCUGAAGGACCAGAUCCAUCAAGAAUAACAUCGAUCAAACAGAACCAGUGCAAUCAAACGCAGAAAGAUGAAAAACACGGGUCAGAUGUCAGGUGUAAUCAAGUGAACUUUGAAGGAAAGCAGAACGAAGAAAGAUUCAGUCGAAAUCAAGACGAAAGGAUACAAGAAGAGAUCGAAUUUGGCCAAAGACAGGAUGAAGUAAGUCAAAGGGAUGAGAAUCAUAUGAAAUGUGACGCGGUAUCAUCCGACUUGAUGCACAAGCUUAGAAUACUUUCGGAUGCUGCGGCGAGAAGAGAAGGUCGAGCGACAGAAUCUCUCAUAAUCAGCGAUCCAGAAUCGCGCUCCUCUAGGAUACGUCGCGCCAAGGAAAGCUUCCUGUCGCGUCGAGGCGGUCCUUUCUGUCGCUCCAUGAUGGAGUCGACGGAAGCUGCGAAUCCUUGGAAACGUUCAACGAUGAUAGCCACUCAGAUGUCGACCGAAACGUCGAAGGCGAAUGAGAUUACAAUGAUUACUGCGAAGUCCAAAGAGACAGAAAACGUUGGAAAUCGAGCGGAAAUGGUGUCAUUGACCGCGCAAGACGAAAUCAUUUCUUUAAGCGAGGAUAAAGUCGAUGCAUGUCAGAAAAAUCUCGCGAUCGAUGAUGUCCGAUCGGAAUCGCUGGUAAAAUCAGCGAGUGCUGGUAUGAUUAACAUAGAUCCCAAUACAUUCGGCCGGCUAGUUACGACCGAUCGGGGAUGCGAGUCCUUGCCGAGGACGAUCGCAAAGCGUCGCGACUCUUCGGGGCCGCUGGCGAAGAUUGUCAGCAAGCUGAGGCUGUCACGAUUGAUUCGCGCCAAAAACGUCGAUAGUGGCGGCAUGAGUACGAUCUCAACCUUGUGCAGGCAGAGUUUGUUAAUUAAUAUGCGUGGUGACCCCGAGAAUCGACGAAGCAACGAAUGGGAGUCUGAGAAGGAUUCGUCUACGAAAGAUAAAGAUAAGGAUGAUGAUUAUUCAGGUGAAUCUUCUUAAUAUACAUAUAAAUAAAAUUUUACUCAACAUAUUAUUUAAUAUUUCAAGUGUAUCUGAUAAUUUUUUAAAUUCUUUUCUUAAAUUUAUUUCGAUCUUGCUACGAAAAGUAAUCUUGAGUAAUAGAUCAGCUUUACUUUCUUUUCUUUCUUUCUUUUCCGAUUAGGUAUUGAUGUUUCAAUUAAUUUCAUUAACAAAAAUCUAAAGGCGCUAAUAAUAAAUACAUAAGCAAUUGAAUGUAAAUGAUUUCUCACAAGCUAUUUCCAGACUUGUUAAUAGAUAAAGAUAUGAUUUUUAUAUUCAUAACACAAUUUAUUAUGACAAAGCUACGUGAAAUUGAAAUAAAAAACAAAUUUAGAAAAAAUCGAUGCAGUUUGAUAACAUCCUGUCAGUCCAUGUAAAUGCGAAUCUCGCGCAGGAUUUGAGAAACUCGAGUAGAUUCGUGCCUUUGGAAGAAACGCGACUUGGAGAUGGAUUACGCUAAGUCGCUUUCUUUCAUUUUUAACAAUACUCGCGCAAACAGCGUGUCCCCGCGCGCAACGAAUGGCAAACACAAUGACGGACGGGUCCAGCCGGUGUUUGAUUAAACGAGAUUAAUGUCCCCGGGGCGAUCUCGAGUGGCGAAGGGAGAGCGUGCGCGUGUCGCGAGCGCGUGCCUCCCCGAAGUCGCCAGGACUCGAUUCUCUCCCUCAUCCCUUUCGCGAUCCCACGUGCGUUCCGCCCUGGUUCCGACCGAAAGACCUUUCCACGUGGAACGGAGCGAGGAUCGUCGAACCGUCGCUCGAUCGCAUUUAAGCGGAUUUCAAUCGGCCUCGAAACGAUCGUGCAAACAAACCGUCAAGCGGCGUCAGCGACUUGCUCUCGCAUUGUGUAUAGCGCAACGUCGAUUGACGAUGAAAGUGCCAUGGGAAGGAUGUUGAUUUCCGACGAAAGGAUAUCCCUCGGGAUACCGAGGGACGCAAACUCGCGUUUAUGUUCCGUCGAGCUUCAAUUUCCCUCUAUGCGUAUCCGAUAAAUGUAAUAUGUUCAUUUUUUUUCGACUAUAUAUUGCGACUAAAAUAUUGAUAUCAACAUCCUUAUGCCAAACUACGAAUGCGCAAAUUUUCCAAUUUUGCAUUAAUUGAAUUUUCUUAUUUAAUUUUAGGCAUGAUGUUAAUGUAAUAUAAUGCAAAUAUUAUACAUAGCGGUUCAAUAAUCCGAAGAAAUUACAAGAAUAAAACAAAAACCCUUUUUCGGGGCAAAUUAAACUUUC